GCUUUUGGAAUCAUUCAGUCUUAAAGAAAACUCCUUUUAUUGAUUUUAUAGCGGAUCAAUUGAAGGAGAAAGCUUUAGAAUCAUUAAAUAUCAAUGUGGGUAACACAAACGCCGAACUAUUCUUACGGUACACAGAAUCUAAUGGAGAAGAACGUGAGAUAAUAAUGUAUGGUCCAGAACGUCCUUUUUUAAUAGCGUUUUCUAGUGUUCAAAUGAAUAGUGCAAAUUCACCUUCACAUCAUCAGAACAAUAACGGUAACACCACCACCACCACCAACAACAACAACAACAGCAGUGCGAAUAGUCCUGACACGAAUAACUAUAGUCCUCAAAAUAAAGAUAUUUUUGAGAUCAUUAAAAAGAUGUCACCUUCUCCACAGUCCGAUAUUCGUGCCAAUGAUAAUGAUUGUAUUAUACCAAGAGAUCAAAUUAAAGUCAGUUUUGUUCUACGUUCAAUGGAGAAAAGUUUGAAUGAAGAGAACAAUCAUACCGGUAAUCAAACCGUAAAAUCUGAGGAUCCAAUGAAACCAGUAGAAUACACGAAACAAGAACGUGGACGUUCUAAGUCUAGAGCUCAUGGACGACGUGUUGGCGCCGGCACUGGCGGCGGUGGUGAUUCACGAAAUAAUACUAAUAGUAUUAUGACUAAAUCAAGCAUAUUUUUCGACAAUUCAACCAGUGCAUCAAAACAAGCUGCCCUGCCUUUACGAGCUGCAAUCAGUACAAGUUCUCUUCAAUCGGGUAUAACUCAAGAUGUCCAGUGUGGACAAAUAUUUGGUUGUCUACCGGAACAAGUGUGGCCUGAUUCACAAUUACCAGAAUCAUUGGUAAAUCUCUUUGCAAUUGUCUACUAUAAUGGAGUGGAUAUUGAAGGGAUAUUUAGACGUACAGCUGUUCAUAGUCAGAUUGAGUUGAUGAGAGCUCGUGUCGAUGAAAAUAUUCAAACAAUUACACCCAACAAUUGUAAUCCAAUUUUAGCAUCUUGUGUUUUAAAAAGAUUUUUCUGUGAAAUACCUGGUCAUUUAUUAAUCGAUGCUAAGUGGGAUGAAUGGGCCAGUCUAACUGAAAUCAACUCACCAUCAGAACGCUUACAAUUAAUUGAAAAAUUAGUCCGCAGUCUUCCUAAAGUUAAUCAAACUUUACUAGCCCUGUUAAUCUACCUCCUUGCCCAUAUACGAGAUAAUGAAGAAAUGAAUCGUAUGUCAGCGAGGAAUUUAGCAGUUGUAUGGGGUCCAAAUCUUAUUCAACGACCAAAUACUCCAUUGGCUUUAGACGAUUCAAAGAUAGCUACACAAAUUGUUACCUAUCUGUUAGAACCUCCAGUUACUAAUUUCCUUUUGGAAACAUCAAAUGCAAAGAAUGAGUUAAAUCAACACUUUAAAAAUAUUUGGGGCAAUUUAAAAGGCACUUCAACAACAACAACAACAAGCAAGACAAUGGAAUCAUCAUCAUCAUCAAAGUUGCAGAAUAUGUCAACUUCGAUGACAAUUGCAACAGCAACAACAACAAUAACAGAUUCCUCUGAGGAGGAGAAAAGUUCUAGACUUGACUCUGGAGUACAUUCUGAGCAGAAGACGGAAGAUUCAAGGCAAACACCGGUAAAAGGUGAUGUUAGAAUCAAAUAUCCAUCAAGAAGAGGACAUUCUGUGUCAAAUAUACCUCCACAAAUAAGUCCUUUAGAAUCAGACAGUGUAUUCAUUAAUGAAAAGCACUACUCUUCUCUACUGAAGACAAAUGAACCACAUGACGACACUCCAGUCAACGCUCCACCGACAGUAUCAUCCACAGGGAAUUCAUCACACUCCUCCACUGUAAUCAGUCGAAGAGGUGUAGGACGUAUGAAUAGAAAAAAGCACAGUCUACUUUCUCAUAUGACGUUACCAGAUCAAACUGGACCACCGACUGCACUUAAACAAACAGUCGGAAAUCCUGAUACUACUACUAAUACACAAAUGGAGUCUAAAAAUCUUACUAGACUAAGAGCCACAUCGACAAUUGUACAACCAUUGUCCUCUUCAUUGGCGCUAACGCCAACAAAAAUAAUGCUAGCGACGGCGUCGGCGUCGGCGACGACAACAACAUCAGAAAUGAUCGGUACACCUAGACAUACUUCAGAUGUUCGACGCUCCAGGAAUACAUCAUGUCCACCAAAUAGGAAAUCAGCAUUGGUUAAACUUAGCACACCUUAUCCUUUACCAAAAACUCAAGUUGAACUGGAAGCACCGCCUAUACCUCCAAGACUUCAACCAACUUGUACAGGACAAAAUAAUCCAAGUGUAAAGUGUAAUAAACACACCAGUAUCGUCGCUACAAAUACUCCUUCAAUACACUUUAAUCAUAGUCAACAAACAAAAGUGAACCCUAGUCAGGGUGAGGAAAAAACUCCUUCACCACCAAUACCUAAGAGAACAAUUCAUCGAAGAACAAGACCUCAAAAAACUACUAGUGAAAUACCUGAUAUCACUUUACUCAAUAAUGCCUAUUAUGCAAAAGACUCCAGGUCAAUGAAUAAUGGUGGAAAUAAUAAUAAUGGUAAUACAUAUAGACGGCGAAAUUCCAUAGAUUCACAAGGUGAUACUUCGAGAGCAUAUCACGAGGCGAUGGAGAACGAUGAAUCGACAAAUAGCACUAGUUGUUACAAGACAAAUGAGUAUGGAACACCAAUCAAGAUUAUUUCAGUAUCUGCGCCUGGUAGUAAUAAUAGUAAUAAUAACAAUAGGGAAAAUACGUCAGAGAAGUCUUAUCGAUAUUCCAAUGUAAAGAACACUGAUGAUGACAAUCUUGGUAGUAAUAAUAAUUCCAGUAUGAAAUCCACCACUAAACUGCUUCAACCGUCUACAGAUCAUAGAACACGGAAUAAUAUGCCACGAUCAGAAAGUGAUAUGAGUGUAAUAUCUUCGGACUCUUCGUCUUUCUCUUCACCAUCAAUGUCUUCGUUUCGGAAGCACAGUAACAACAGACAAGAUGUUGAUUUGACCGCCAACGCCAACUCCAGCCCCACCAACACCAACAUACCAUCUCCAGUGGUUCAUCGACCAGAGUUCAAUACACAAGAUCUUAUCAUUAAUCCACAACAAUGUAAAUCAGGCCGUAUUAUCCAUAGGAUGAUAUCGCUACAGCAUCCAUUGAAAAGUAUUAAAAAGUUGAGUAUUCCAAGUGAUAAGUGCACCGUAAACAAUCCACUACCGUCAUCCUUUUCAUCCUCACUAUCAUCAUCAUCAUCACCAACUUCAUUCAGUAGUUCUGAUAUUGGUUAUGCUACAACAUCUCAUCAUGAGAAUCAAGAUAUUGUUGAAGAAUUGAUCGUAUCGAGUAUGGUAAACCAGUUAGUCGAAUGAGUUCACAUGCUUCUACUAUAUCUAGUGGUUCAGCGACUGUAAUUUCAACAUCAACAGAAAAAUAGUCCCGUCAUUCACUGUAUUUGUCUGUUUUUUUUUAUUUGUUUCAUUUAAUAGUUUCCAUUCGGCUUUUGCUAAUCAUAUUCAUUUAAAGAACUAUCUAUGCAUGCCUAUAGGGAUUGCUUAAGCACAGAAAUGGAAGCCCAAUGAAGUCGUCAAUUAUAUAUGUGUAUGCAGUUCACCAAGUAAAACAUAUUAGGGCUGUGAUGAUAAACACAGAUAGGAAGGGAAGUCUUAAACACCAUUCUGUCAUCAAAGAAUAAUAUUGAUUUUCAUUCGUGAGAAAAUGUACACGUAUACACACGUGUGUACUUGCAAAUCAAGCAUCCUGUCUGUCUCCACCCCCUGCUGUCUCUCUCUCUCUCUCCAGCUUCUUCCUCCCUCUUCUCAAAUCAAACAUUCUGCCUCUUUUUCGUUGAAUCAGAAACAGCUGCAGUUAAAGUAAGAAUGAAUGAAUCACGUUGAUUGGUGUUACACAAAACGCAGCCCCGUAUUGAUCAGAUGAUUGAGCAUUCUUUAUCUGGUUCCUUCCUUUCUUUUCUUUUUUGCAAAUUCAAUGAAGAACUCAUAUCGAUUUUUGAUUUUUUUAUAAUUGAUUGAAGUGAAUAAUGAUCAUAUUGAUAAUAAUAAUAAUAAUAACAAUAAUAAUAAACUGCUUGCUACCCCGUCCCGUUGUAUUUCAUGUGUACAUAUUACUAUUAUUAUUACGACAAUUAUUACUAUUGAUAUUAUGCAUUCCACAAUCCUAGUUUGCUGUUGACGUUCUCCUUCUUCGUCGCCUUUUAUUGUGUGAAGAAGGGAAUAACCAUGGAAAAAUAUUU